GAGGAGAGGAGAGGAUGGUGUGCGUGGUUGCGAACGGGAAGGAGGGAGUGUCGCAGGAAUGAUAGAAAGGGAGAGUUUUUUUGUAUUUUAGAUUUUCCGCGUGAUUCGAGCACGGGUGGGGGCGGGGAAUUGUUUUUGAGAGAAAGAGAAAUUAGCUUUAUAUUCGCGAGAGAUGGCAAAGCGCGGAGGAGGUGCUCCGGCCUCUCUCGUGUCUCGUAGCGAAGGCGGGCUUAGCGCUCGUCCCUCGCGGGGCAAGUUAGGUAACCACACCCCGGAUGAUUCUACGAUGACAGGGAGAAGCGCUCUGAGACGAAGCUCGCGAGUGGGAGGGGAGGGUGGAGGAGGAGAAGGAGGAAAAGGUAUGGCGAGCAGCAGUGGAAGCUAUGGUGGAGGGGAAGGUGCAGCUGGCGGAACAUCCACUGGAGCAACUGCAAUCGAUGGUGAUCCAUCGAAGAACAACGAUGGCGAUGCCAAUCUUGCUGCCGAGAAGAGUGGUUUCGUGCUUUCUUCCACCACCACUACAACCUUAACGACCUCAUUGAUAGCUAUGACGAUCGUUGCUUCCACGACACCGAAAAUCUCGAAGGAGGGAACCACGAAGGACAGUUCCUUACCUGUUACUCCGGUCCUUGGUUCGUCACCUGCUCCAGUCUUGAGAGAAAGGUCUCAACGACGCAAAGCUGUGGAGGCUAGAAUGGCAGAAAAGGCAGCCAAAGAAAACGAAGCUGCUGAUGCUUCUGCCAGUCCAAGACUGCGAAAUGUGCAAGAAAUCAUAAAGGAAUCUCCUUCUAGUGCUGUUCGGCCUCGUCGAUCGCGGAAGCGUCCUGUACCCCCAGGGGAAUCAGAGUCCAGUGGAAGGAAAAGCAAACUCAAGGAAUCCGCUGACGGGUCUCCCGGAAUGGACAAGAGUCCGGGAGUUUCGACCAGCACCGGGGCGAAAGACGAGGGUAUAGUUCUAGAGUCUGGAAAGAGGCCAAGGAAGUCGAAUGCCGAGAAGGUAGAGAAGGCAGAGAAACCCCUGGCCGAAAAGGAUACAAAGGUUUCUGUUGACGUGAAAGGGUCUAAGGAUGAUAAACAAGACGUAUCGGAGAAAAUCAAGAAAGGCUCAACGAAAGACAGCAAAGAGCCCUCUGUGGAGAAAGCCCCUGGAGCUGAUAUACAAGAAGAGGUUCUCGAGAAGGAUAAGAAAUCCUUGAAAGCUUUUACGGAUGAUGAAAAGGGCAAGGGUAAGGUAGCAAAUGGUGAACAGGAGAGCGAGGAAGAAGAGGAGGAAGGUGAAGAUGAAGAGGAAGAAGAAGAAGAAGAGGAAGAGGAGGAUAUCAAGAAACUCGGUAAAGACUACUUCGAAGUGGAGUCUAUCAAGAAGAAGCGUGUACGAAAGGGUAAAGUUGAAAUGCUCAUAAAAUGGAAGGGUUGGUCAGAGAAGGCGAACACAUGGGAGCCUUACGAGAAUGUGGCCAUGUGUACUGACAUUCUUGAGGAGUUCGAGAAGAAUUUGAAGGGCUUUGUGAAUGUUCACAGUCAAAGGAGUCGACGGGGCAAGAGAAAAUUUGGUACUUAUCUACUCCAUCAGAAGAAGAAGAAGAGAGGUACUGCUGGCGAUGGAGACUCUAUGAAUGUUAGUACUGGUGAGACCGGAGAAGGUGUAGCGAACAGCAGACCAAGCGCAACAGAGACUGGAGAUCAAGUUGCCAACAGCAAGCCAAGCCAGGCCAAUCAGGAGUCUCAGUCAGAACUGAAAGUUGAGAAUGCUGUAGAGCCAAAGAUGGAGACUACUCCUGAGGCGCCAGCGAAGAAGAUAUCACCUAAAGUCUCUGCGAGACGAAAGGCUGCAGAGAUGAAGUCUACUGCUCUAGCAGCACUAAGGUCACCCAUAUCUGAUAUCAAUGGUGAGACAGCGACCAGUAGUCCUUCUAGUAAGACUGUAACAACCGCUGUAACUGCCGCUCCUGUUGAAGAAGAAGCUAUUCUUGGUGGCCCUUUGAUUGUCGAGUCUUCGCAAAGCAAAGGAGUUUCGGUUCUAGGAAGACCUGGGUCGGGUCUUGAGACUGCAAAUGCAGAUGUCAGUACUUCUAUACCUGAGGUAAGAGUGGAAAGCUUUAACAAUAGUACUCGUCAAGAUGCGUUGAGCCUGUCAAUGCCAUCAUUAAAAACCACGGCCAACUCUGUUCACGAAGGAGCCCCAUCUUUGCCUUUAGAGGCAGUCGAAGAGAUGCGGGACUCUUCCAGUCAAAGACUCGAGUCUGCUGUUGACACAAGCAGCCAACGAGAUAUAUUUUAUGAUGCCAGUGAUCGUGCUGUUGACAAAGAUGGAACCACAGGAACUGUUGGGUCGCUUCUGGUUGGAACAGACAAAGCUUUAGAAACUGCUGUUUUCAACGGAGAUGUGUCCAUGACGGAUAUUGGUGACAUGAGUGGAGCUGCUCAGGUUCCUGCGAAUCUUACGGAUAUUGGUAGUGAAGAAAUGGAGGAGGUCGUAGGCCCAAAGACUGCAAAUGAUGUGGAUGGAAGUCUUGGUAAAGCUGCGGGUAAGCGUGCUUUUGGAACAGAGCCUGCCAUACCAGUUAGCAGUAACAAGGCUGACGGUGGAGGUGCAAGUGAUGAACACGGGAAACAAGGUGCAAAUGACCGAUGUACUGGAGCAAAGAAGCGAAAGAGUGGUGUUGUAAAACGAGUAAGACAGACUAUGGAUCUGAAUGACAACAAAGAGAAUGCAAUGGGGGAUAAACAGCUGGCUCCUGUUGAGGAAGGAGCACUUAUCGAACAGGAAAUUCCAAAUGCCACUUCAUUAGGAGGUAAUGAAAGUCAAGGCCAAUCGCAAGAUAAGCCUGGUUGCAGAUGCAUGUCCCCGGAUUCCGAAGGUGGGGAGAGGCCAUCAUCUUCUUCGCCUGGUGUAUGGAACGUCAACAGAUUGCAAUCCAACACUCCUUACAUCACUCAUAUAAACAAGGCAAUCAGUUACAGCAACUCCACCACGGAUGGAAGGCAAAACGUUUUGGUGCUGUUCAAAGCUUCGAGAUCCGAUGGCAUAGAAGUGGUGGUGGACAACAAGUUUAUGCGGGAUAGUUACCCUCUUUUGCUCAUUGAUUUCUACGAACAACACCUCCGGUACAGUACUACCCAGUAGUUGUAAAGUUACAAAGUCUCUAGAAAAUGGGACCAUUAUAAAGUAGCAAAUCCUCACAUAUGCAGCCCACAUUUUGGUGAUUUACACAUAUUCCUCGCAAGGGAGGCUGGUGCCAGGAACGAAGACAUAGGAUUGUGUAGGGUACAGUCUUGUAUAUGCAAGUUUUGGAUUUGGGAAAACUUCCCAAGACAACCCGCCACUGUAGGGAGGUCACAAUUUUUUCUUUUCAAUCUUGUACACAUAUAGAAAUAGGGUGGUCCAUCAGAGGAGAUUAGCUCCAGUCUUUUCAUUACUUUUCCCUGGUUGACUUUGACUUCUCCAAGGACCAAGGAUCUUUUUAUAACCUAGAAUGUCCGGCAAGUCAGACCAGUGUAUCAUACUUUUAAUUCAGCACAUAUGUUUGUAAUUAUCCGAGCC